AUGCAUGACGCUUACGAAGAAACAUCAAUAUUAAAUAUUUCUGUUCAAAUAGAAUCUAUGGCUGCAUAUGAUGAUUAUUUACUGAUUGGAACAAGAGAGGGUCAUCUUCUUAUGUAUCAUGUACCUCCUGUAUUAGAUGAUAAUCACAAAUUAGAAUUAUUUCGUUGCAGUAAAAACUUCAAUAAAAAGCGAAUUACUCAGAUAGAUGUUGUACCAGAAUAUAAUUUGCUCAUAAUUCUAAUAGAUAAUAUGGUAUGUGUCCAUGAUUUAAUUUCUCUAAAUUUCCAACAAAUUUAUCAGUUACAAAAGACUCGUGGUGCUACAUUAUUUACUUUAGAUAUAAAAUCAACCCAAACUGUAAAUGAUGAAAAAAGUACACUUGUACAUUUAUGUGUUGCUGUGAAACGUAAACUGCAAUUAUAUGAGUGGAAAGAUAAAAAAUUUGAAGCACUUAAUGAAUUUACUGUACCAUAUAUACCACGUGAAUUAUCAUGGUGUGGUGAAACAUUAGUUUUGGGUUUUCGUGGCUUGUCAUAUGCAAUUUUGUACCCAAAUGGGAACAUCAAAGAAUUGUUUCCAACUGGAAAAUGCCCAGAACCAAGUGUUACAAGAUUAUCUGAUAACUCCUUUGUAUUAGGAAAAGAUUCUCAAUCAUUUAUUAUGGAUACUAAGGGAGAAUUGAUUCAGCAUACCUCAAUAAAGUGGUCUGAUACUCCAAGUGCAAUAGUUUGGGAUGAUCCUUAUUUACUUGGUAUUGUACAUGACAGAUUGGAAGUAUAUACCAUAGAGGGUUGUUUACACAUUCAAACAAUAAAAGAUUUAAAUAAAGCUAGGCUUAUAUAUAGAUGUAAACAGGGGAAAGUUUUUGUAGCAUCUAUUAGUCAUGUUUGGUGUGUAAAAGCAGUUGAUGUGGCACACCAAAUUAGAACAUUGCUUGAACAAACCCAGUUUCAGCUGGCAUUGAAAUUAACUAGUUUAUCAAAUAUAUCAGAAGAAGAAAAGACAAAACAAAUAUACAAAAUUCAAACACUCUAUGCUCAUCAUCUGUUUCAUACUAAACAAUUUCAAGAAGCAAUGGAUCAGUUCUUAAAGAUAGGAACAGAUCCGUAUGAAGUGAUUAUGUUGUUUCCCGAUUUAGUUACUUCAUCUAGUAAUAAUUCUGAAGUCAGUGAUCCAACUUUGCCCAAGCUUGAAGGUCACAAUUUAGAAAUGGGUCUCCGUGCAUUAAUAGUCUUUCUUACUGAAGUUAGAUUGAAAUUAACGGAUAAGGAUAAGGAUAAUAUAAAAGAAAAAUCUUUGAUAGAAGGAAAAAGAAACAUGACAGCAGUAGCUACAGAACAGCUUUUAAAAAUUAUAGACACAACUCUAUUAAAAUGUUACUUACAGACCACUGAUGCAUUAGUAGCACAAUUACUUAGGUUAAAUCAUUGUCAUUUAGCAGAAGCUGAAAAGACUUUAUUAAAGCAUCAAAAAUAUCCUGAACUUAUAAUAUUAUAUCAAACUAAGGGACAUCAUAGAAAAGCAUUGGAACUUCUCGAAAAGCAUGCAAAAGAAAAUGAUUCUAGUCUAAAGGGAACUGCAGGAACAAUACAAUAUUUGCAGCACCUUGGUAAAGAUCAUAUAGAUUUAAUUCUAAAGUUUGCUGGUUGGGUCUUGAACGAUGAUCCAGAACAAGGACUUCGAAUUUUUAUGGAAGAUAUAAAGGAAGUUGAACAAUUACCAAGACCCAAGGUAUUAGACUAUCUCCUCCGUUGUCAUAAAGAUUUAGUUAUUACAUAUUUGGAACAUGUAGUACAUGUUUGGGAAGACACUAAUCCCUCAUUUCAUAAUGUUUUAAUACAUCAAUACAAAGAGAAAUGUUUGGCAUGUAUGAGUAAAAGUGCUACACCAGCAGAAAAGGAGACAGGUCAACAUAUUAGACAAAAAUUGCAACAGUUUUUGGAAAAAUCUGCACACUACACCCCUGAAACUAUAUUAGUGCAUUUUCCAUUUGAUAGUUUAUUCGAGGAACGUGCAAUUAUUCUUGAACGACUUGGACGUCAUCAACAAGUUAUAUCGAUAUACAUUAGUCUCCUUAAUGAUAUACCAAAAGCGAUUGAGUAUUGCUAUAACGUGUAUACUAGGUAUAAGAAAAAUGUAGAUAAACAAAAACAAUUCGAUGGAGAUGAUGAAGUGUAUGCGUUACUUAUUCAACAGCUGUUGAAACCCGAUAACGAAGGCGUUUUGACAGGGUGUAACCCAGAAAUUCAAAAAACAGCACAACCUGAUUUAGAAAUGGCGCUUCAAUUGCUCGAGGAACACGCGUCGAAGAUAAAUCCAUUAAAGGCAUUAGAAGUAUUACCCAAUACAGUUCCUAUUGGUAGAAUAAAACAUUUUUUGGAAGUUAGUUUACAGGAAACAUUAAAUGCCAGGCGAAGGGUACAAGUUUUAAAAAGUUUACUUUACGCUGAACACUUACAAGUACAAGAGCAACGUAUCCAUUAUGAAUCGCACAAUAUCCUUAUGACAGAAUUUAACAUAUGUCCAGUGUGUAAAAAGAGAUUUGGUAAUCAGAGUGCAUUUGCAAGGUAUCCCAAUGGUGAUAUUGUACAUUAUUCAUGUCAAGACCGUAAAGUAUAAGCUAUA